ACAAUUUUGACGUUUGUGUUGAUAUUUUUGACAUCAAUAAUAAAAGUACAUAAUUAUUUAAUAUAUUAUUAUGUCAUUUUAUCACACUAUUUAAGCGUCAACUAUUCUCAAAAUGAAAAUAAACGAGAAAAACUUGUGUGCUUUCGCAGUGUCUGCCACACCCGUAGAUAAGGAAGGUUAUUUAAAUAAAAGGGGAGAAGUAAACAAAAACUUCCAGAGGCGAUAUUUUGUGUUAAAAGGAAAUUUACUGUUUUAUUUCGAUAAGAAAGGUGAUAAAGAACCUGUGGGGGUAAUAAUUUUAGAAGGUUGUUCGAUAGAACUAGCUGAGGAUGAUGAGCAGUUCAGCUUUAAAGUCGAAUUUCAUGGGACAAACAAUAGAAGUUAUAUACUUGGAGCAGAGUCACAAGAGUCUAUGGAACAGUGGAUGAAAGCUUUAGCUUGUGCGGGAUACGAUUAUAUGAAACUGAUGGUUGCUGAACUGCAGCGGCAGUUAGAUGAUAUCGAAGAAACACCGCUACCACUGCCCCUGGCACAAGGUGUAAAUUCUCCAGUUCCUCCGCCUAGGACAAGGCAUAACCCUUUCAACAAGCCCGAUAACAACCCACACCAAAGAUCGCACAGCAUGAGGUCGACAAGUUCUAAUUCAAGUCGAUUGGAGGAUACUCGACUUGUCGAAAAUAACGCAUCGGCAAAGGUGAGUAUUACAUUUCGAGAACUACACAAUUCGUAUGGAAGGCCCAUAUUGAAAGACUUCAACUUUUGGAAACAUGAACAGAGAGAGAAGGUAGAUAACAGCACCGAUAAUUUAAUCACUUUUUAAGUGAGAGUUUCAUUACCGUUGAUGUUUUUUGGUAAUUUUUUUUUAACUAAUCCUUACCUAAUGUAUUUAUUUAUUACCUGUUUGUUUAAUCGCUGAUUUGUAGUCUGACUACAAGUGUAACCAAUGACUGAAACUAUGUUAUAAACAAAUAAACUGUUUUUCAGAAA